AUGGAGGCGGCCUUCGACGCCUACUUCCGCGCCGCGGAUCUGGACCGCGACGGCCGCAUCAGCGGCCAGGAGGCCGUCGCCUUCUUCAAGGGCUCCGGCCUGCCCCAGCCUGUCCUCGCACAGAUUUGGACGUAUGCUGAUAGAAAUCGGUCUGGUUUUCUUGGGCGCGAAGACUUCUUCAAUUCACUCAAACUCGUCACAGUAGCUCAGAGCGGCCGAGAAUUGACACCUGAUAUUGUUAAAUCAGCAUUAUUUGGACCAGCUGCUGUGAAAAUCCCUGCUCCUCGGAUAAAUGUUUCUACACCUGCUCCUCAGACAAAUAGCGUAGCUAGCCUCCCGAAUGCCACUCAAGCACCACGUCCUGUUCAACAGAGUCCUGCACCAGGUCCUGUUCAACAGAAUCCUGCCAUAAGAGGUACACAAGGGCUUCCUGGUGCAUCGCCAAAUCCACAAGUCAGGCCGCCACAACCUCCAAAUGCAAACACUGUGCCUCCUGCUCAUGGUCAGGGAGUUGCUUCAAGGCCACCCAUGGGAAGUGGUCCUACUGGGAUAAACCAUACUAGUUCAACCACAUCAAGUCUAGCUACUGAUUGGUUCAGUGGUAAGAGAAGUGCAAGUCCGUUGGGUGCAACUUCACAAGCUCCAACCAGAGGUAUUUCUCCGCAGGCCAACCUUAGCAGUGCGGGGAUCUCAGCGCAGCAUUCAACUCCUGUACCGGGCUACAAUUCUCAUACGCCAGGUGCUACAACACCUGUCAAUGCAAAUUUGACAAAUUUGAACGUGAUGUCUUCCCAACCAUCAGUUAAUGACUCCAAGGCGUUGGUGCCCUUGGGUAAUGGAUUGUCAUCGAACUCAACUUUUGGUGCUGACCCUUUCUCUGCAACUUCACAACCGAAACAGGGUUCACCUUUGCCCCCCAAUGUUCCAAAUAAUCUGCCGAGCUCUACACCUCCUGCCUCAUCUGCUGGACAUCAUCACCCUCCUAAGCCAAUACAGGCUGGUCCUGUGCAGGGUAUAUCAUCCCUUUCUUCUAAUACUAGCCAGUUGCCACACAGUCAGCCAGCUCCGAGGCAACAACAAUUUAAUGCUACACCAAAUGCUCCAGGACCAGUGAGUUCAAAUAUUCCCAGUGGACAAAUUCCUUCAAACCCAAGCCAAUCUCAGGCCCCAUGGCCGAAAAUCACUCAAGUAGAUGUCAGAAAAUAUAUGAUUGUAUUUAUCAAGGUAGAUAGGGAUCGUGAUGGGAAAAUCACUGGUGAAGAGGCAAGGAAUCUAUUUUUAAGUUGGAGGCUGCCAAGAGGAUACGCAAGUAGAACAAUGCAAGGACCACAUCAUGGGAUGCUUCCCUCAUCAAUGAAGCCACCAUCUCGAAGGCCUCUUCCUUUAGAUGUUGAUGAUACUGUUAAGGCAGAGCAACAAAAGCCAAAGGUUCCUGUCUUGGAGGAACAUCUAGUUGGCCAGCUGAGCAAGGAGGAACAAGAUACACUGGAUGCAAAGUUUAAGGAAGCUUCAGACGCUGAUAAGAAAGUCCAAGAGUUGGAGAAGGAGAUCCUUGAUUCUAGAGAGAAGACCGAGUUUUAUCGCACGAAGAUGCAGGAGCUUAUUCUCUACAAAAGUAGGUGCGAGAACAGGUUUAAUGAAGUCUCAGAAAGUAUGUCUGCUGAUAAACGUGAGGUCCAAUCCCUUUCUGCAAAAUAUGAUGAGAGAUGCAAGAAGGUUGGAGAUGUGGCAUCAAAGCUAACAAUGGAUGAGGCUACUUUCCGUGAGAUCCAGGAGAAGAAGUUGGAAAUUUAUAACGCCAUAGUUAAGCUGCAAAAAGGGGAUGAAAGUGAUGAGAAGCUUCAGGAGCGGGCUAAUAAGAUACAGUCAGAUCUUGAGGAGCUUGUGAAAUCUUUGAAUGAGCAAUGCAAGAGAUAUGGGUUGAGAGCUAAGCCAACUACUUUAGUGGAGCUUCCUUUUGGUUGGCAACCUGGAAUUCAAGAGACAGCUUAUGCAUGGGAUGAAGAAUGGGAUAGAUUUGGAGACGAGGGAUUCUCUAUAAUAAAAGAACUAACAGUUGAAGUGGAGCCUCCCAUUGCACCAAAGAGUCAGCCUACUGAAGAUGUUAAAGCAUCUAUAAAUGGGGCAUCAACAGAAAAAGAAGACAACAAGGGUGACAAAUCUGCUGCUGCUGCGGAGCAGGCAGUGGAACCUGAAACAACACCAUCGAAUAUCAAACCAGAGUCAGCAAAAAGCCCUCCAGUUAGCCCUGUCAAGAACAAAGAGGAUGGUUCUGAUGAACGUGAUAAAAAGCAAUCUGGAACAAAUGACGUCUCACCACGUGCCACUGAGAGUAUCAGCAACCGUGGAGCAAUGGAUUCCCCUACUCAUGGAGAUAAAACCCAUGAUGGACACUCAUGGGGCCCAUCUUUUGAUCAUGGCAUGGAUAAUGACUCUCUAUGGAACUUUGGUCAUAAGGAUGGUGAGAAUGGUGAUUCAGAUCUCUUCUUUGGGCCACAAGGUCUUCCCCCGAUAAGAACCGGAGGUUCCUCAUCUGGUAGUUCAUUUGUCAAGGAACAGAAGCCGUUCUUUGAUUCUGUUCCUGGUACUCCAAUGGAGAAACCUUUCUUUGAUUCCAUCCCAGGCACGCCAGUUCAGAAAUCCCUCUUUGAUUCCAUCCCAGGCACACCAGUUCAGAAAUCCGUCUUUGAUUACUCUGCCCCUAGCACGCCGAUGCAGAACUCAAGCUUUGAUUAUUCUGUCCCAAGCACGCCGAUGCAGAAGUCACUCUUUGAUUCCAUUCCUGGUACACCGGUUCAGAGAUCAGUAUUUGAUUCUGUUCCGAGUACUCCAAUGCAGAGAUCUGUUUUUGAUUCUGUUCCGAGCACGCCGACGCAGAAACCAUUCUUCGACUCUUUUCCAAGCACUCCAAUGCAGAGAUCACUGUUUGAUUCUGGGCCAAGCAGAGCAGAAUCUCCUACUGCCGGCAGCAUGUAUGGCAAAGAGCAAAAGGGAUUCUUUGAUUCUUCAGUCCCGAGUACCCCAAUGUACAACUCAAGCUACACGCCAAGGUAUAGCGAAGCAGGAGAAGAUUCAUUCGACACCAUGUCCCAAUACAGCUCAUUUGGCAUGCACGAGAACAAUUCCUUUGGACAGCGCGACAGCUUCUCGAGAUUCGAUUCCUUCACGAGCAAUGCUGACAACAGUGGCAAUGACACCUUUGCAAGGUUCGAUUCUUUCCGCAGCACUUCAGAUCAGGGUGGGGGCAACAGCUUCAUGAGGUAUGAUUCCAUGAACAGCAGCAGCGACCAUGACAGAGGUGACCCGUUUGCGAGGUUUGAUUCAAUGAAGAGCAGUGACUACAACAGCCGGGGCUACUCAUUCGAUGAUGAGGACCCCUUUGGAACUGGGCCGUUUAAAUCGACAGAGACCACGAGCAGCAGCCCGACGAAACAUGGGACGGACACAUGGAGCGCGUUUUGA